AUGAAAAAUAAAAAUAAAUAUGAUUACUUAUUAAAGUUGCUGCUAGUUGGAGAUUCCAGCGUAGGGAAAAGUAGCAUUUUGUGCAGAUACUCUGAUAAUCAGUUUGAAGAGAAGGUCUUGUCCACCAUAGGUAUUGACUUCAAAGUGAAGUAUCUCAAAAUUGAUAACAAAACCAUCAAGGUUGGUAUUUGGGACACAGCAGGGCAGGAAAGAUUUCGGACACUCACAUCUGCUUAUUAUAGAAAUGCACACGCAAUUAUUCUUGUUUACGAUUGCACUGUAAGGGAAUCGUUUGAAAACCUAGACGUUUGGAUUCAUGAAAUUGAUAAAUAUUCGACUAAUAAGAAUGCAAUAAAAAUGCUAGUGGCGAAUAAAAUAGAUAAAGCAAAUCAUGAAGUAACAAAAGAUGAAGGGAAAAAUUUUGCUUUUGAAAAUAACAUGCUCUUUUGUGAAACAAGUGCAAAGAAUGAUAUAAAUAUAACUUAUUGUUUUGAGGAGCUAAUUCAGCAGAUAUUGAACAACCCAUCUUUACUGGAAUUAAGCAUAGUCACCAAAAAUUUGAAGUUAAGUAAAAAAGAAGAAAACAGGGCCAACUGCGUUUGUUAA